AUGUCAUUACCUCAGUCAUCAGCAACAGCACAUUCAUCAGGACAGGGCUCUAUACCGAAUCAGACUUCUGCAUCAGAUGGGAGUUCCUUGCCAAUGAAUACGCUUCCGAACAUUUCGGUGGUGGAUUCCUAUUCAAUAACAUCUGCAACAGAUACGCCGGUGCAGAAUCUCGGAGCAGGACCAAGUAACAAUGGAUCUCACAACACAGCAUUACAAGGAAUAAAAAGUUGGUAUUACCCAGUUGUUUCGAGUCAGCCAGCUUUUGUGUCACCACCAGGGAAUUUUACCUUUGGUGGACGGCAGUUGCCUCCAUUGUCCCCUCAAUAUGGAACACCAGUGAUGAUGCUUGGAACGUCAUGGGGACAACAAUCACCCUAUCAAGGAUUCCAGGCCCCGUGGCCAGUGAAUCUGGGAAUGCAACAGGUGGGAAAUGCAACAAAUAAUACUGUUGCAAGGAAUGCGCAAGAGACGAAUCAGUUCCAGUUGCAAAAUGCUGCAUUUCCACAGCAAGUUUUACCAAUGCAACAUCAACAAGGAUCAGUAGUGGUUCUAUCGCAACUGAGUGGACAAGAAGGUGUGCCUAGACUAACAUACAUACCACAGGGAACAACAGAUGUAGGUGUCCAAGGAACUGCGGGUGUAACAAUUAAUCAAGGCCCUGUUGGUACGGGAAAUAAUCAAGGUGCUAUUGGUGAGAAUGCAAGGCAGGCUGGUCAACACGUACAAGCGACCAAUGACCGCCACUUUAUAUUAUAUCAGAACCGAGUGCCAGGAAAUAAUACUGUAGCUGCAAAUUUGGAUGAUCCACACAUACCUCAAGGCUCUGGUGUUGUGGUUGCUGUUGCACCAGAUGCAGACGUGGUACAAAAGGAAACACGUUUAGAUCCGGAGCAAGAGAAACUAAGAGCUGUGUCAGAUGCAAUCUUGAAUGCUUUGAACCAAAAUCAGCAACAUAGUUUACAACAUCAAGGGCAGGAAGAUAGACGGUCACAAUUGUGGGGAAAAGGGGAUAUGUUCUUCCCACCAAAGGAUAUGUUCUUCCCACCAAUAAACAUGGUUUAUAUGUUACUGAAAACUUUUUGUUUGAAAGAACCUGCAACUGCAACAACUAUCAUCCCCAAAGCUGUUGCAGACACAGAUGGACCAGAAAUCAUAGCUACCGAUGCAAGUCCAUUUGCAACUCAAGCUAAUGCUGUAGAGGCUUAUUAUUACAACAAUGAAGUAGGUCCAUACCGUCUUAUUGGGAUGGAUAAGUAUGGUCGGCCACAACAGGCCACUAUGCGUCGUGAUAUGAGUCUUCCAGAGUGGAAAUUGCUUUUACAAGAAGUCAACAGGCCAUACAAUUACAACGUGUUAAGGCCGUUGCUAGCUGCUCCGUCUAUUGAAGAAGUAUCUAAUGAAGACAAUUGA